AUGAGUAAUAACAAGACGGAUAAAGUAGUUGAUGACAAGGAAUUAAUCAAUGGUGAUAAUGAUGAUAAUGAUGAUGAUGUUGAUGAUAUUGGUAAGGAUGAAGUGUCCUGGGAAACAGUUUCAUAUCUUCCAGGAAGUAAGGAAGACUUCGUUAGUCUAAUUAAUGCAAGCAAUGAAAGUGACGGUUGGGUACGUAAAUAUCGCGAUUAUGACUGCUAUCAGAAAAUGCUAGCACCGGGAAAGUUACAUUUUGUUUCUGCAAGAACAAAAAUUGGCGAAUAUGUUGGCUCUUGCAUAUGUAUGGAAUUCGAUGAUUAUGCAUUUGUUGCAAUGUAUUAUGUACGAGCUGAGUAUCGGAAAAAAAAGAUCGGUACAGAACUGUUCAAGCGAGUUGUUGAUGACAAACUUCGGAAGAAAAAUAUUGGCUUGCAUGCUGGCAAAAUGUCAUCUAUUUACGAUCAAGUACUUGGCUUCAGUAUUCGAACAUCUUGGGUAGCUGAUACUUUCUUUAUUAAAAAUAUCGAUAUUACCAAAAUUAUUGUGCAAAAUACUCCGCUAAUUAUAAAAGAUGCCAAAGAAGUAGAUUUAUCGCAGAUCGUUGAUUACGAUGCAAAAGUGGUCAAAUGGCGCCGUGAAGGCUUCGUUAAGCAUUGGGGUGUUGAUCGUGUCGAUGCUGUUUGCAAGGUACUGGUAAAUUCAGAAGGAGAAGUAAUUGGAUAUGGAUGUGGUCGUUUACUAUCAAUUGUGGGUUACCCGACCUUUGGACCCAUUUACUGUGAUUCUGAUGAUGGAUUCAAGCUUCUCUUCCAUGCUCUAGCAUCAUGCUUUAAUAUUGAGCUGAAGGAGCAGAAUUUAAUAUGUUUACGUGUUUUAUCAGCAAAAUCAAACGCAAUCCAACAAGUACUUUAUGGUGCUGCUGCUGAUAUCGAGAAGUCUGAAUUUGCUGAGAUUCGACAUAUUGUAAUAAAUAUUUAUUGUUCACAAGAGCUGGCAACGCAACCAGAAGGACGAGGAGAAACAAUUCGUGAAACAAAACGAGAUGCAGAAGGAGAUGGUUCACUCUCGAGACAAAGUGUAAGAUCUUCAACAACAGGGUUUAGACAUCUUCCACUAGCUAGAAUUAUCGCUCAGCGUGAGAUUUAUGGAACAUCGAAACUUCUACGCCGACUGACAUGUCGCAUACAUCUUGAGCAUCUUGAAUGUCCUUACUUAGUGCAGAUUUCUGGAUUAAGGCGUUUUCUGAACAUAAUUCGAGAGUGCAUAUUUCUAGGGUUUUCAAAUGAUUCUCGUUAUGUGGUUGCUUUGCUCUACUUGUUACCUCAGUCGUACCGAUUAGAAGGAGACGAUGACUCGACAGAACUCCAUGUUAUUGUGUUUGAGCUGUCAACAACUAUCAUUAGACCCGCAUUUAUUACAAAAUUCCCAUAUUGGCCUUCCACUGCAAAAAUUUUUGCAACAUUUCCUCGGAAUUCUUCACAUAUAUCGAUCAUCGGUUUCGCGAAGCAGAAUAACGAACCUGCAAACAUUCGUGCUAUAAGGGAAAACGUAGAACCCUAUUCCGUUAUUGCCAAAGUUAAAUUCAUACUGUUUCGUUUUAACAUCACUGUUUCUUUUACUACGUAUCUUGUGAUGUCUUAUCGAUGGGAUAACGAAUGUAAACUUUCAGGGACGGUUCUUCGUUCUACAGAUCAGGGUGGAAUUAUUAAUGCCGGUACCUCGUUAGUUUCCUAUAUGUUCACCAAAGAUUGCCCUCCUGUAAAAAUUGAUGAUAUGAUGCGCAUGGUACUGAAGGUUGUUGAUUCAAAAGUAGUGGAUGAUGGCUUACCUAUUAUUAGCCAGGGGUGUAAUUCAUAUGAAAUCGAGAUCGAAGAUGCAAUCACUUGUUAUGGAAAUGUUCCUCGAAACUAUAAUAUUAAAAAAGUCUUUGCCACAGAGACAAAUCCUUCCGCCGAUGGUUUAAGAGAGCCACUAUUCAUCACUGAAACUGUCAUUGACAUAGAACGUCUGCUUUAUGAAAUUUUACCUAUAUUUUUUCAACGUUUUUAUGGUGCAUACAAUUAUGAAGGGCUUAUUGAUUACGAAGUGGAUUUGCUGAGCUAUGAAAAUUAUGUUGCAAAUUUUUUGCUAACCUCAGUUGUCGAAGCAAAAGGACCUGGCAUAAAAGGCAGGAAUUGUGCUUACAUUACUGUAUUCAGUGUUGAAUGGGAUACGUAUGAAGGAACGCGUAGCGUAUUCCCAUUUAGAGGUAUACGUUUAAUACCUUGGUCAGUUGCUCGUCGUCCUAAUUGGUGGUAUCCCUUUAACGUAAGUGCAUUUUCUGGAGAACAUGCACCAGAAGAUCGUGUCAUAUCCAAUAUCCCAUUUUUAGAUGGUAAAAGCUUACGUUGCUUGUCGUCUCCAUCACCAGGAAUCUCUCUUUGGAGAGAUGAAGGAUUUUAUUGA